AUGGAUUAUAUUGCAUCAGAAAAGGGAGAUACAGCAGAAAAUCGAGAUCCAAAUUCAGUUGUAUCAAAUGGAGCUUCAAAGGCCUCAUGUAUAGAAAACAAAAGCAGUGUUGAUUGUGAUAAAUUAAACUCCAUCGCACCAGUGGAUAGCGCACCCUGCACAUCAGUAAAACCCCAAGAAACCGAACUAUGCGAUAUACCAGAACAGAUCGAAUUUACUGUUAUUUUUAAUAAAAACAAACAUGACAUCACAUUUGCAUAUGAUGCCACAGUAUUGGAACUAAAAGCACAUCUGGAAAGAAUAUGUGCAGUGCCACAAUCUGCUCAAAAAUUAAUUAUUAAAGGAAUGGCAAAAGAUGAUAUGACAUUACGAAAAGCAGGAGUUGUUAAAGGAGGCAAAGUAAUGUUGGUUGGUUCAAAGAUGGAUGACAUUUUAGCAGUAAAAAGUGCACCAAAGGAAAUCUUAGAAGAGAAAAAUAGUAGUCACUCUAGUAAAGAACCUUUGUGUAUGCAAAAAAUACAUCAAAAAGUGCUUGACAAGGGCAUCCCUCCUGAUGUAAUGGCGGGAUUAAAAGGUGUUAAGGAACCUUUACCACCAACACCCUUAAGUGGAAUGUUAAAUAAGCAUGGAGGCAAAGUAAGACUUACUUUCAAACCGGAACAGGACCAGCUUUGGAUUGGCACUAAGGAAAGAACAGAAAAGCUUGCUAUGACAUCUAUUAAAAGCAUCACUUCAGAACCUAUCAAAGAGCAUGAAGAAUACCAUAUUAUGGGCCUUCAACUAGGACCUACUGAAGCGUCUCGCUAUUGGAUAUAUUGGGUCCCUGCACAAUACAUUGAAGCUAUCAAAGAUGCAGUACUUGGUGUUUGGCAAUUCUUCUAA